CACUCCUCUCCAACUCAAGAUCUUUCAUCUUUUGUCAUGAAUAAGUUGAGAUAACCACUUGUAGACAGUUCGAAUUUGUGGGUACAAGCUUUUCUCGAUCUUGUUUGUGUGCGAAAUUUGUUAUUUUACUUCAAGAAUGUCGAACAGAAUCCUACCUCCAUCCCAACCGCUCAAGAAACCAACCCACUGUAGGAAUGGCUCGGACGAGCUUGAUGUGUUUGAAGCCGCCCGUUAUUUCUCGGGUGCCACUGAAGUUUUGAGUGGCGCCCAUAAAAGUGUUGUUAGCGGCGAAUCAAGGAAUUUUGGUAACGCUGCUACACAGAAGUAUUGCAUGAGGCCAAUUGGAAGAAUGAGUCUUGAUAUGCCAAACCAUAGAGGGAAUUCUAUUCCUUUACAAGCCAUGUUGAUGGAUCCCAUGAUGCCCAGCAGCAAAGAGAAGAAGUCCAAGCAACCAAGCUCACCAGGAGGGAAGUUGGCUCAUUUCUUGAAUUCUCUUUUCAACCAAACAUCUUCAAAGAAGUCAAAGUCAAAGUCAACAAAGGAUGAAGAUGAGAGUAGUCCUGGUGGCUGGAGGAGGAAGAGAAGGAGUAGCAUCAGUCAUUUCAGAAGUGGAAGCAGCAGCAGCACCACCACCACCACCACCACCACCACCGGCUCCGCCACCAUUAUGAGUGAUUCAAAAUCUCCUUUUUCAACCUCAACGAGCUCAGGGUUUAGAACACCACCUCCUUAUCACAUAGCAGUACCACAUACACCCACAAAGACUGCAAGCUAUAGAGACCCCAGAAGCUACUCAGAUCUCAAGACUCCUGCAAGUCAAAUUACGAAAAUACCCAUCAAUGAAAACCUCAACAAGAUUGAAACUUUCAAUAUCAAGACCGACUUUUCUGGGAGAAAGAUGAGUUUUGGAAAUGCGUUUGUGGAGAAAGUAAAGGGCUUUGAUGAAAAACAAGAUGAACGACGUCGUCAUCCUCAUAAGUAUGUUUCAAGAGAUGAUAUCAAAGAGUUCAAGAGGUUUAUUGACGAUGAAGAUGAGGGAAAUGAGAGUGAUUCAAGCUCUGAUCUUUUUGAGUUAACAAAUUGUGAUUUGGGUUAUUAUUCAAGUGGUUUGCCUGUUUAUGAAACCACCCAUAUGGAUAGCAUCAAGAGAGGUGCACCAAUCUCGAACUAAGUGUGUGAUCUCAGGUUCAAAUCUCUUGCGAUAAGAUCCUUUGUUUCGCAAUCGAACACCUUGUGAAUCAUUCGUAUCAUAUAUUUAGAUGUAGAGCUAGCUUUUUUUUUUUUUAUGUUCAUUUUCAUGUAGAGUUUUUUAAUGUUCAUCUUUUUAAUUAACGAUUUAAUUACUCCUGUUUCUAGUAAUUUAUUCAUC